CCCCUAAUACCCGCCUAGAGAAUCCCUGCCCGCUGCCCGAAAGCCGCUUAGUCGUCACUCGUCACUAUAAAAUAGUCACAGAGCCACUGGUUUUGUCUUCUUUUUUCUCAUUUUCUCUUCCUUGAAAUCGAUUCAUCUUCUUUUAUUUUAGAGUUAAAUUCUGUCUAUGUGUUCUGUUUCAUGUAAGUCUGCAUUAUUUUCUGUUUUAACUCCACAUUGUGCUAGGUUUUGACCAAAAAUCUGAAAUUCGACUAGGGUUUAGAGGGUUUGAUUUUACAAUUGUUAAGAUGUCGUCUCCAAAUGGGGGUGGUUUGAGGAAGGCAGUGUUCAUAAAGAUAGAUCAGUUGAGGCCGGGGACGACGGGGCAUAAUCUGGUGUUGAAGGUGAUAAAUGUAAAGGUAGUACUGCAGAAGGGCCGUCCUGACGCCCAAGUCCGUCAAAUGCGAAUCGCCGAAUGUCUCGUCGGCGACGAUACUGGCAUCAUCGUCUUUACUGCCCGAAAUGAGCAAGUGGAUCUUAUGAAGGAAGGAUCAACGGUAGUCUUCCGCAAUGCAAAGAUUGAUAUGUUUAGAGGAUCCAUGCGUCUUGCUGUUGAUAAAUGGGGUAGGAUUGAGGUAACUGAGCCUGCAGAUUUUGUUGUGAAGGAGGACAAUAAUCUCUCGCUCGUUGAAUAUGAGUUGGUCAAUGUUCAAGAGGAGUAGACUAAAAUAAUUCUAUGUUGCAAGGGAUAAAAUAUUUUCCUUGCAUACUCGUGAUUAUUUUAGUAGUUACAUGCGAAAUGGGGGUUGAUAGAAAUAUGGUACAUAAAUCAUACUGGUAUAUGAUGACACUUCUCAGGUUGCUCUUCGCUUUUAUGGUAUGAUAGUAGACACUACAAAUUUUGGGAGCAGGUUUUAAUAGUUAUAACUUUAUUAUUAUUAGAUAAUCAUGAGAAUACUGAGUAAAUGGGGAGGCAAAAGGACUUUGGGGAUAUUAUUUCCGACAUGCUUUUCAGUAAAUGCUCUUCAGGUUUGUUUGGGGACUUCAUGAGGAAUAUGUUCUCUUUUCCUCUGGUAUACAAGUUUAUGGUAAUGGUAAAUAAUACCCAGCUUAUCAUAAGAUGCUGCCUUAGCUUUUGCUAGAAUUGGUUUCUCUAAUGUGGUUGUAGACAUGGAAAUACAAUCAUGCUUUUAGCUUUUAAGUUUC